CCCGUCUAUGAGUCACGGUUUUGAUAAGGGAACAGUCCGUUGGUGGCUGUUACCUCUUUUAACACCGUAGGGGGAUCGUUGCGCCUCGAAGAACGUUGAUAUUUUUGAUAAUCCACAGACGUGAACCGACUUGUGUUAUCAGAAGAAAGAAGAGGAAAUUACUUUUUUAAUUUCUGUUACUGGAGGGGAAAAAAGCGUGGAUUGGAGCUGUUUUGGUAGAUUUCUCUUGUUUCUUUGACUUAAAGGAAAAACAACCCAAGCGGACAUGUCCGACGCCGGGCCGGAAGAGUCGACGGACUAUACGAAAAUGAAGGUGCCUGAUUUAAAGAAGUUGCUUAAAUCGCGCGGUUUGUCAACGGCCGGGAACAAGCAGGAGUUGAUCGAUAGGCUACAGAGCAGCGAAGCGGCGGCGGAAGCGCUGCUUGAAGGGAGCGAAGUAGGCGACCAUUUUGAUGAGGACCUUGAGAGAGAGUUGGAUGAGACGCCGUUGGAAGACUCGCCGCAGAAGCUAGGCGACGCGCCUGACCUUACAGCCGAGGAUAUAAAACAGGAUGAUGUGUCAAAGUCGGCUGCCGACGGCAAGCCAGACUCUGCCAAGGACAAUAAGACCGAACUCGAAGACAAACAUGUUAAGGUGAAUCUCAAGAAUGUCGCCCUGUCGGACGCCGCAAGAAAGAAGGCGAGGGCUGAGCGAUUCGGAUCAAACGCCAAGGCUGUGCCGGCGGACGUCUUGGCCCAGAGGGUGGAAAAGUUUGGCCCCAAGCCGUCGAAUAGCACACUCACAAAACAGGCAGACAGCACGACUUCUAUAGUUACCACGACACAGGCGAAGGCAACCACACCAACAAGUGACGUUCUCAAAAGGCGAGCUGAGCGUUUUGGCAUACUGAGCCCUGUAGAAGCAAAGAGGCAGCAUCUUGAAAAGCUGCAGGCUAGGAAGAUGAGGUUCUCCCAGACGCCCGCCUCCACCGACACAAAGCCAACUACGACUACAUUGGCGACAGCUGAAGCUGUUACAGUCAGCACGCCUGUCCAGGUCGACGGUGCCAUUUCGUCUGAAGAGAGGAAGCGCCUAAGAGCGCAACGGUUCAAGAUCACCGUCUAACCGAACGUACCCGACAAUUUUUUUUUUUUAUUUUUUUUUUAGAAAGAGAAAAAAAGAGAACGUUUUAUAUUUGUUUUUGUUUUCUUUUUGUGUGUUUGCCCUCGAAUUUGUAGUACCCAUUGAUUUUUUUUUUUUUUUUAUUGUACAAAAUCGAAGGUUUUUCUUUAAUUAAUCUUUUCAUUUGUGUGUAAAUUUUUCUUUUCUUUUCAACUCCCCGCAUUUUCUGCUUUGUUGUAUACGCUUGUACAUUGUAUUAAUGCUGCAUUACCACAAAGCCCUUUUUUUAUAUAAAUUUUUCUUUUUUA